AUGCUAUCUGAUCAAGAAAAGUUUGUAGAGUAUUGUGAUGCAUCCAAGCAGGGUUUAGGCUAUGUGUUAAUGCAAUCAGAGAAGGUCAUAGCAUGUGCCUCACGACAACUGAAAGACUACGAGCAGGGUUAUCACACAAAUGACUUAGAACUGGUAGAAGUUGUGUUUGCUUUGAAGAUUUGGCGACAUUAUUUAUACGCCUCGAAUAUGUCUAGGGCAAACAUUGAGUUCGUGAUUGGAAUAUUGCAUAGUCUGACACUUCAGUUAGACUUGUUGGAGAGGAUUAGAAUGGCACAACUAGAAGAUCUUGAACUGCUUAAAAUUCGAGAAGAUGUCUUAGCAAGCAAAGCUAAGGACUUUUCAAUUUCUAGUAGUGGGAUGUUGUUGUUUAAAGCUCGGGUGUGUGUUCCGAGUAACAUUGAAUUUAAGAAGGAAAUUAUGGAUGAAGCUCACACUACCCCUUCCUCCCUGCAUUCGGGAACCACCUAG